AUGGCUGCAAGGAGGCUGUGCAUUGCACUAUCCUUCUUCCUCCUGUUCGUCUCCAUGGAAAUCCGUACAGUUUUGGCUCAAGGCAAUAACAAUGGAAACGGCAACGAGGGCAACAAUAAUGGAAAUGGCAACGGGGGCAAUGGCAAUGGCAACGACAACAAGGGGAAUAACAAUGGAAAUGGCAACAAGGGCGAUGGAAAUGGAAAUGGAAAUGGCAAUGGAACCCCGGGCAAUGGCAGUGGCAAUGGAAAUGGAAACGUAGGAAAUAACAAUGGCAAUGGCAACGAGGGCAAUGGCAAUGGAAAUGGCAACCGAGGCAGUAACAAUGGUAAUGGCAAUGGUAAAAAACAUCCAUAUGAUGCUGCUUCAACUAAUUAUGAUGUGCUGCCUAAACUCCCACAGACGGGACAGGAACGAGCUUUCUGCAAAGCUCGGGGAGCCUGCUAUUUCAGGACCCUCACAUGCCCAGCUCAGUGCCCCGAGAGGAAGCCCAAGAAGAACAAGAAGCAGAAGGGAUGCUUUAUUGAUUGCAGUAGCAAAUGUGAAGUUACUUGCAAGUGGAGAAAGCCUAAAUGCAAUGGCUUUGGUUCUCUGUGCUACGAUCCACGUUUUGUUGGAGGUGAUGGUGUCAUGUUCUACUUCCACGGAGCAAAAGGACGUGAUUUCGCCAUUGUCUCAGAUGAAAACCUUCAUAUCAAUGCACAUUUCAUUGGUACUAGGCCGGUAGGGAGGACACGAGAUUUCACAUGGGUUCAAGCACUCUCGAUCAUGUUCGACUCCCACACACUUGUCAUUGCAGCCAAGAGAAUCCCACACUGGGACAACAAUGUGGAUGCCCUUAUCGUCAAAUGGGACGGGGAGACAAUCGAUAUUCCCACAGAUGGAGAAGCUGAACGCAAACUCCAUAGUCGAGAAAGAGUAACGACAAUUGAAAGAACCGAUGAUCUUAACACAAUAAGAGUGACAGUUGAUGGCCUAGUAGAAAUGGACAUAAGAGUGACUCCAAUUGGUGAACAAGAAAACAAGAUUCAUAAUUAUCAAAUACCAAAAGAUGAUUCGUUUGCCCAUUUGGAGACACAAUUUAGGUUCUUCAAUUUGUCUGAUUUUGUCGAGGGAAUUCUUGGAAAAACUUAUAGGCCUGGAUAUAUAAGUCCUGUCAAAAAAGGAGUCCCAAUGCCUAUGAUGGGAGGGGAAGAUAAGUAUCAAACUCCAUCACUCUAUUCAUCUUCCUGCAAGGUUUGUAGAUUUCAGAGACCAUCUGCUGUUGCUAUAAUUUGA